CCAUAAGAGGCUCAGCGCAGGGCGGGCUCUGCCUCGCUCGGAGCCGGAGGCAGCGCGGCUCCGCGCCGGGCACCAGCGCCCCUUCCCCGCCGGCCCCGGCCAUGCCCCGCUGAGGUCCAUUCCUGGUGAUUGCUGAUGUGUUUGGACAGGAACCAUGGUCAUUCUACGACAGGGGGAUUAUGUGUGGAUGGACCUCAAAACCGGACGGGAAUUCGAUGUCCCCAUUGGAGCGGUGGUUAAACUGUGUGACUCUGGACAGAUCCAGGUUGUGGAUGAUGAAGGCAACGAGCACUGGAUUUCCCCGCAGAAUGCCAGCCACAUCAAACCCAUGCACCCCACCUCCAUCCAUGGAGUGGAGGACAUGAUCCGCCUGGGGGACCUGAACGAGGCGGGAAUCCUCAGGAACCUGCUGAUCCGCUAUCGGGAGCACCUCAUCUAUACAAACUGCGGCGGGAGGACCUACACUGGUUCUAUACUGGUGGCAGUAAACCCCUACCAGCUGCUACCCAUCUACUCACCGGAGCAGAUACGCCUGUACACCAACAAAAAGAUUGGUGAGAUGCCACCACACAUCUUCGCGAUCGCCGACAACUGCUACUUCAACAUGCAGCGCAACAACAAGGACCAGUGCUGUAUCAUAAGUGGUGAAUCCGGAGCAGGGAAAACAGAAAGCACAAAACUGAUCCUGCAGUUCCUGGCAGCGAUCAGCGGCCAGCACUCCUGGAUUGAGCAGCAGGUCCUGGAGGCAAACCCCAUCCUGGAAGCUUUUGGGAACGCAAAGACCAUUCGGAACGACAACUCCAGCCGGUUCGGGAAGUACAUCGACAUCCACUUCAACAAAAGGGGAGCCAUCGAGGGGGCAAAGAUUGAGCAGUACCUGCUGGAGAAGUCCCGGGUCUGCAGGCAGGCCCAGGACGAGAGGAACUACCACGUGUUUUACUGCAUGCUGAGGGGAAUGUCGAUGGAGCAGAAGAAGAAGCUGGGUCUUGGGAAAGCCACGGAUUACAACUACCUUGCAAUGGGUAACUGCACAACCUGCGAUGGCAGAGAUGACAGCAAGGAGUACGCCAAUAUCCGCUCCGCAAUGAAGGUCCUUAUGUUCACUGACACGGAGAACUGGGAGAUCUCCAAGCUGCUGGCUGCCAUCCUGCACAUGGGCAACCUGCAGUAUGAAGCUCGGACCUAUGACAACCUGGAUGCCUGUGAAGUUGUUCAGUCAGCGUCACUCAUCACUGCAGCAUCGUUGCUGGAGGUUGAUCCUCAGGACGUGAUGAACUGCCUUACGAGCAGGACCAUCAUCACCAGGGGUGAGACCGUCUCCACUCCUCUCAGCAUGGAACAAGCGCUGGAUGUGAGGGAUGCUUUUGUAAAGGGAAUUUAUGGGCGCCUUUUCGUGUGGAUCGUGGAGAAGAUCAAUGCUGCCAUUUACAGACCUCCUUCCCAGGAGCUCAAGAGUGUCAGGAGAUCCAUCGGCCUCCUUGACAUCUUCGGCUUUGAAAACUUCACUGUGAACAGUUUCGAGCAGCUUUGCAUUAACUUUGCAAACGAAAACCUGCAGCAGUUCUUCGUGCGCCACGUCUUCAAACUCGAGCAGGAGGAGUACAACCUGGAGAACAUCAACUGGCAGCACAUCGAGUUCACUGAUAACCAGGAUGCCUUGGACAUGAUCGCCAUCAAGCCCAUGAACAUCAUCUCCCUCAUUGACGAGGAGAGCAAGUUCCCCAAGGGUACAGAUGCCACCAUGUUACACAAGCUGAACUCCCAACACAAGCUGAACACCAACUAUAUUCCUCCGAAGAAUAACUAUGAAACCCAGUUUGGCAUUAACCACUUUGCUGGAAUCGUUUACUAUGAAACAAAAGGUUUCUUGGAGAAAAACAGGGACACGCUGCAUGGAGACAUCAUCCAGCUGGUGCAUUCCUCCAAAAACAAAUUCAUCAAGCAGAUCUUCCAAGCAGAUGUGGCAAUGUUUCUCUGUGGCUAUGCAUCCAGCACAUUUGGCCAGUCGCCCUCGCCCACACCCACACCAAAGGGAGCAGAGACGAGGAAGCGCUCACCAACACUCAGCAGCCAGUUCAAGAGGUCCCUGGAGCUGUUGAUGAGGACUCUCAGUGUGUGCCAGCCCUUCUUUGUCCGCUGCAUCAAGCCCAAUGAGUACAAGAAGCCCAUGCUGUUUGACCGGGAGCUGUGCGUCCGUCAGCUGAGGUACUCAGGGAUGAUGGAGACCAUCCGGAUCCGCCGAGCCGGAUACCCCAUCCGCUACACGUUUGUGGAGUUCGUGGACCGGUACCGGGUGCUCAUGCCCGGGGUGAAGCCAGCAUACAAGCAGGGUGACCUGCGUGGGACAUGCCAGCGCAUUGCCGAGGCAGUGCUUGGGAGGGAUGAUGACUGGCAGAUUGGCAAGACAAAGAUAUUCCUGAAGGACCACCACGACAUGCUGCUGGAGAUUGAGAGAGACAAGGCCAUCACGGACAAAGUCAUCCUCAUCCAGAAGGUGGUCCGUGGGUUUAAAGACAGGUCCAAUUUCCUGAAGAUGAGGAACUCAGCCCUGAUGAUCCAGAGAUAUUGGCGUGGACAUAACUGCAGGAAGAACUAUGGUGCUAUGCGGAUUGGCUUCCUGAGGCUGCAGGCGCUCUACCGAUCCCGCAAGCUCCACAAGCAGUACCACAUGGCUCGCCGGAGGAUCAUCGAGUUCCAGGCACGCUGCCGGGGCUACCUGGUCCGUAGGGCUUUCCGCCACCGCCUCUGGGCUGUCCUCACCAUCCAGGCGUAUGCCCGGGGCAUGAUUGCCCGAAGGCUGUAUAAGCGCCUCCGAGGGGAAUAUCGUCGACGCCUGGAAGCAGAGAAGCUUCGCCUGGCAGAAGAGGAACGACUCCGAAAGGAGAUGAGUGCCAAGAAAGCCAAAGAGGAAGCAGAAAAGAAGCACCAAGUACGCCUGGCCCAGCUGGCGCGGGAAGAUGCAGAGAGGGAAGUGAAGGAGAAGGAGGAAGCACGUCGGAAGAAGGAGCUCUUGGAAAAGAUGGAGAAAGCUCGCAACGAGCCAGUGAAUGACUCGGAAAUGGUGGAUAAAAUGUUUGGAUUCCUGGGGACCACCUCCUCUCUGCCUGGCCAGGAAGGGCAGGCACCCAAUGGCUUCGAGGACCUUGAACGAGCCCAGAAGGAGCUGGAGGAAGAGGACCUGGAUGCAGCAUUGCCUCUCCCUGAGGAAGAGGAGGAAGAUCUCUCCGAGUACAAGUUUGCCAAGUUUGCUGCCACCUAUUUCCAGGGCACGACAACAAACACCUACAUCCGCCGGCCGCUCAAGCAGCCCCUCUUGUACCAUGAAGAUGAAGGAGACCAGUUGGCAGCACUUGCUGUAUGGAUCACUAUCCUCCGCUUCAUGGGAGACCUCCCUGAGCCGAAAUACCAUACAGCCAUGAGCGAUGGUGGCGAGAAGAUCCCAGUGAUGACAAAGAUCUAUGAGACUCUUGGGAAGAAGACCUAUAAGAAAGAGCUGCAGGCCCUGCAGGGAGAAGGAGAGAGUACUCACAUUGACGGGCACAAGAAGAACAGUGUGCGGCACAAACUGGUCUCCUUAACGCUCAAGAAGAAAUCCAAACUGACGGAGGAGGUGAGAGGAGACGCUGGGCCGCCUGGCAGCACAAGUGCCGUUGGAUUGUCUGCAGCCCUCUCUGACUCUCUUCUGCUUUUCCCUAGACAACAUAGAACCAGCCCUCCUCUGGGUUUGGCGCUACCUGUCUCUCUGCCUGAAAGAUUUAAGGAGUGUUUAAGGGGAAAGGUGACAAAGAGACUUCAUGAUGGUGAGUCUACGCUGCAGGGUAAUAGCAUGCUUGAAGACCGACCCACCUCCAACCUGGAGAAGCUCCAUUUCAUUAUUGGUAAUGGCAUCCUCAGGCCAGCUUUAAGGGAUGAAAUCUAUUGUCAAAUCUGCAAGCAGCUGACCCAGAACCCAUCCAAAAGCAGCCAUGCCAGGGGUUGGAUCCUCAUGUCCCUCUGCGUGGGAUGUUUUGCUCCUUCUGAGAAGUUUGUGAAGUAUUUAAGGAACUUCAUCAAUGGAGGCCCCCCAGGUUAUGCUCCCUAUUGCGAAGAGAGGCUGAGAAGGACAUUUGCCAAUGGGACAAGGACACAGCCACCCAGCUGGCUGGAGCUGCAGGCAACCAAGUCCAAGAAGCCGAUCAUGCUGCCUGUCACAUUUAUGGAUGGGACAACAAAAACGCUGCUGACCGACUCUGCAACCACUGCUAAAGAGCUCUGUAAUUCCUUGGCCGACAAAAUCAGCCUGAAGGACCGGUUCGGCUUUUCACUUUACAUUGCACUUUUUGACAAGGUGUCCUCGCUGGGGAGCGGCAAUGACCAUGUGAUGGAUGCGGUGUCUCAGUGCGAGCAGUACGCCAAAGAGCAGGGAGCGCAGGAGCGCAACGCGCCGUGGAGGCUCUUCUUCAGGAAGGAGAUCUUCACCCCUUGGCACAACCCCAGUGAGGACAAUGUGGCCACCAAUCUCAUCUACCAGCAGAUAGUGCGAGGGGUCAAGUUUGGGGAGUACCGGUGCGACAAGGAAGAAGAUCUUGCAGAACUGGCUUCCCAGCAGUACUAUGUGGACUAUGGGUCAGAGAUGGUACUGGAAAGGCUGCUAAAUCUUAUUCCAUCCUACAUCCCGGACAGAGAGAUCACAGCUUCAAAAACAGUGGAAAAAUGGGCUCAGUUCAUUAUAGCUGCACAUAAAAAGGGAAUUUAUACUCAGAAGAGGACAGACCCCAAGAAAGUCAAGGAAGAGGUGGUGGAUUUUGCACGUUUCAAGUGGCCUUUGCUGUUUUCUCGGUUCUAUGAAGCCUUCAAAUUCUCAGGGCCAAGCCUACCUAAAAACGAUGUGAUUGUAGCUGUCAACUGGACAGGGGUCUACUUUGUGGAUGAACAGGAGCAGGUUCUCUUGGAGCUCUCUUUCCCAGAGAUCACAGCUGUGUCGAGCAGCAGAGGAGGAAAGCUGCAAGGGCAGAGUUUCACCUUGGCCACUAUUAAAGGUGAUGAAUACACUUUCACCUCCAACAACUCCGAGGAUAUCCGGGACCUGGUGGUGACGUUCCUUGAAGGACUAAGGAAAAGAUCCAAGUAUGUGGUAACUCUCCAAGAUAACCCAAACCCUGUGGGAGAAGAAUCUGGCUUCCUCAGCUUCCUCAAAGGAGACCUCAUAGUUCUGGACCAGGACACAGGGGAACAAGUGAUGAACUCAGGGUGGGCCAAUGGGUUCAAUGAAAGGACCAAGCAGAGAGGAGAUUUCCCAACUGAUGCAGUCUACGUCUUGCCCACAGUCACCAUGCCUCCACUGGAGAUUGUGGCACUGGUGACGAUGACCCCUGACCAACGCCAAGAUGUUAUCAGGACCUCUCAGCUGGCAAUUUCAGACAGUGAAGAGCGAGUAAAGCCAUACACCUUGGAGGAAUUCUCCUAUGAUUAUUUUAGGCCCCCUCCCAAGCACACCCUGAGCCGGGUGAUGAUCACCAAGAGCCGUGGGAAGGACAAGCUGUGGUGUUACACCCGUGAGCCCAUCAAACAGCCACUGCUGAAGAAGAUCCUGGGCAGUGAGGAGCUCUCCCAAGAAGCCUGCAUGGCCUUCAUUGCAGUGCUGAAGUACAUGGGUGACUACCCAUCCAAAAGGACCCGCUCUGUUAAUGAGCUGACAGACCAAAUAUUUGAAGGUGCCUUGAAAGCUGAGCCCCUGAAGGAUGAAAUCUACUGCCAGACCCUCAAGCAGCUGACGGACAACCACAUCAAGUACAGUGAAGAGAAAGGCUGGGAGCUGUUGUGGUUGUGUACAGGCCUUUUCCCUCCAAGUAACAUCCUCCUGCCCCAUGUCCAGAGGUUCCUGCAGUCCAGGAAACAUCACCCCUUGGCAGCAGACUGCAUCCAGAGACUGCAGAAAGCCCUCAGGAAUGGAUCCAGGAAGUACCCACCCCACCUGGUAGAAGUGGAAGCCAUUCAACACAAAACCACCCAAAUCUUCCACAAGGUUUAUUUCCCUGAUGACACCGAUGAGGCAUUUGAAGUAGAGUCCAGCACAAAAGCCAAGGACUUCUGCCAGAACAUCUCCAAUAGGCUGCUCCUGAAGUCCUCUGAAGGCUUCAGCCUCUUCGUCAAGAUCUCUGACAAGGUCAUCAGUGUGCCCGAGGGAGAUUUCUUCUUUGACUUUGUGAGACACCUGACAGACUGGAUAAAGAAAGCAAGACCAGCAAAGGAUGGUAUAGUGCCUUCUCUCACCUAUCAAGUGUUCUUCAUGAAGAAGCUGUGGACCAACACAACACCUGGAAAGGACUCAAUGGCAGAUUCAAUCUUCCACUAUUACCAGGAGCUACCAAAGUACCUGCGUGGCUACCACAAGUGCACACGGGAAGAGGUCCUGCAGCUGGGAGCUCUCAUCUACCGGGUGAAGUUUGAGGAUGACAAGUCCUAUUUCCCCAGCAUCCCCAAGCUCCUGAAGGAGCUGGUGCCUCAGGACCUCAUCCGGCAGCUCUCUCCAGAUGACUGGAAAAGGUCCAUCGUGGCAUACUACAACAAGCAUGCAGGCAAAUCAAGAGAAGAAGCCAAGCUUGCCUUCCUAAAGAUUAUCUUCAAGUGGCCUACAUUUGGAUCUGCGUUCUUUGAAGUGAAGCAAACUACAGAGCCAAAUUAUCCAGAAAUCCUUCUAAUUGCCAUCAAUAAGCAUGGAGUCAGCCUCAUUGAUCCCAAAACCAAGGAUAUUCUCAUCACUCACCCCUUCACCAAGAUCUCCAACUGGAGCAGUGGCAACACCUACUUCCAUAUAACCAUCGGCAACCUGGUGCGGGGAAGCAAGCUGCUCUGUGAGACCUCCCUGGGGUACAAGAUGGAUGAUCUCCUGACCUCGUACAUCAGCCAGAUGCUAACAGCCAUGAGCAAACAGAGGAGCGCGAAGGGUAGCAAAUGAACUGCAAGAAGCCACUGGCACAUGGCCAUGCGGCUCAUCCACCAGCUGAGGCCCGUGGGAUACCCAUGCAGCUGGGGCAGAACCUUUGCCUCCCAGAUGUGGAAGAUGAGCCGGACACCAUCAGGGAGCUCGCUGGACUCUGACCUUGAGGGCUCCAAUCCCACCUCCCCUUCCAGCGAAGAUGACUAUCUCUGACCUCCCUCCUUCUCCACCCUGCGCCCCAACACCAUCUUGCACCUGAAAGCUUUCCAGGGGACACCACUGCCCUCAGACAGUGACCAAGCAAAGACACUCGGGCAGGAGGUUUGCCUGAACCCAAUGGUUGGCAUCAGAAAGGCUCUUGAAAGAGGAUUUUAUCUCUGUGUGUGUGUGUGUGUGUGGUUUGGUUUGUUUUUUCUCUUAAGUAAAAGA